AUGGCGUCCGCGCUACAAUCUGCUCAAUCCGAUACCCUCAACCAGAUUUUCCAAGGCUUAAAGAGCAAGACUCAUGAGACGCGUUUGCAAUCUGCUAUUGAGCUUCGACGCUAUGUCGCAACUACUGUCUCAGAGAUGUCCUCAGAUACUGCUGCAAAACUAUGGGAUGAUAGCAUCAACAGACGGAUAUUCGAGCUGACACACAGUCAGAAUGUUGCCGAGAAUUUCGGUGGUCUUCUAGCUAUUGAUCAUCUUCUUGACGUCGACGGUGAAGAAACCAUUGAAUCUAAACGCAAUCUCUUUCGCUUCUAUAAUUAUGUGAAGCAUCUUCUUCCCAACCCAGAACCCAAUCUCAUGUUGGCGGCCUCUAAAACCCUGGGGCAAAUUGCAGAGAUCGGAGGCUCGGCUUUCGGCGAACGAUUCAUGGAUUUUGAGGUACCUGCGGCUAUCGAACUUAUGCACCCCGAGAAACCAGAAGCGCCACGGUAUGCAGGCGUUCUGAUCUUGAAAGAAUUGGCCCGAAACAGUCAAACGUAUUUCCACUCUCACAUCGGCCUCGUAUUUGAGAACAUUCUAGUACCCCUUCGGGACCAGAAAGUUCAUGUCAGGGAAGGUGCCGCUGAAUUGCUUGCCGCGUGUCUGGAGAUCGUCACGCAACGAGAACGUCAAACUCGCAGCCCUUAUCUAACCAAGAUUCUCUCCGAGGCUCAAUCUGGGCUGAAGCUGUCUCAACCAGAGAUCAUCCAUGGCUCACUUCUCACUUAUCGCGAACUCCUACUCCAUGCCGGAAUGUUCAUGAAAGAGAAUUUUAUGGACACCGCAGAACAGAUUCUUCGCUUCAAGGCCUCCAGGGAUAACCUGGUCAGAAAGAUGGUCAUCACUAUGAUUCCGUCGCUAGCCGCCUACGACACGCAGACCUUUACCGAACACUUCCUACACAAGGCCAUGGGCCAUCUAUUGACUCAACUUGAAAAGCCUACGGAACGCUCAUUUGCCUUCAUUGCCAUCGGCCACACGGCGACAGCUGUUGGCAGUGAUAUGAAACCUUUCCUCGAGUCGAUCAUGGAGCACAUAAAAGCAGGGCUCUCCGGCCGGGGCAGGAGGAAUGCACCAUCAGAGGAACCAAUAUUCCAGUGUGUCGGAAUGUUGGCGUCCGCCGUCGGGCCCAACCUGACCAAAUACUUGCAUGAUCAGCUAGAUCUCAUGUUUGCACCUGGUUUGAGCGAACCUCUACGACAAGCACUUACCGCAAUCGCACGGCAUAUUCCCCCACUAUUGAAGACCAUUCAAGAUCGACUCUUAGAUCUAUUGUGCCACCUUCUUGGUGGACAGCCGUAUAAAGCUCUUGGCUCACCUCCAUCACUUGCCCGUCCGGAGCCGGCUGCGUUAAGUCGAGAUUUGAACGUCUCGCAAGUUUCCACUAAUGAAAAAAAUCCCGAGAUAAUCACCCUUGCUCUGAACACGUUGGGAUCCUUUGAUUUUAGUGGUCACACGCUAAACGAAGUCGUUCGCCAAUGUGCCCUACCUUACCUUGAGGAUGAUCAUGCUGAAGUUAGACGGGCAGCUGCUUUGACGUGUUGUCGGCUGUUCGUCCGAGAUCCAAUUACCUAUCAGGCCAGCAGCCAUGCCAUAGAGGUUAUCAGCGAUGUCCUUGAUAAGCUACUUACAGUCGGUAUCGCCGAUCCAGACCCUACAAUCCGGCAAACCGUUCUAUCCUCUCUGCACGAGCGGUUUGAUAAACAUCUUGCUCAGGCUGAGAAUGUGCGUUCGUUGUUCAUAGCUCUCAACGACGAGGUAUUUGAGAAUCGCGUGACUGCUGUCACUCUAAUCGGGCGCCUAGCGAAACAUAAUCCUGCUUACGUCAUGCCAUCUUUGAGAAAAUCGCUCAUUCAGUUGUUAACUGAGCUUGAAUACUCAACUGUGAGACGCAGUCGAGAGGAAUGCACCCGUCUGCUGACCCUCCUGGUCAGCGCUACACAGCGGAUAAUCAAACCCUAUGCGAUCCCAAUGCUUCGUGCCCUCCUGGGAAAAGCCAACGAUCCUAAUCCCACCGUUGCAGCUAACGUCUUGAUGUGUUUGGGAGAAUUGACUUGUGCUGGAGGAGAAAGUGCCCUUCCUCAUAUUCCUGAAUUAAUGCACAUUAUCAUGAGCAAACUAUCCGACACCUCGCUCAUCCAGAGAGACGCUGCUCUGCAUACUCUCGGACAAGUAUGCUCUAGCACAAGCUAUGUUAUAACCCCUCUGGUAGACCAUCCUCAACUGCUUCAAGUGCUGGGUAAAAUUCUGCGAACAGAACCUGCUCAAGCAGUUAGACGAGAGGUCGUAAAAGUGUUAGGAAUCUUAGGUGCUGUGGAUCCAUACAGACGAAAGGAUCGUGGCUCGGAAGAUCCAACACACGAGACAGCGGUUAUGGCCGUGAACCAAGUCCCCAUUAAUCAGCGAAAUCUGACCAGUGCCUCCGAUGACUAUUUCCAAACAGUUGUUAUUACUGCUCUACUUGUCGUGCUCAAAGAUCCAGCACUAGCCAGUCACCACCACGCUGUAAUCGAAGCCAUAAUGUCUAUCUUCAAAACCCAAGGCCUGAAAUCGGUAGCCUUUCUACCUCAGAUAAUACCGGCCUUUACAACAGUGACCCGUACCUCCUCAGCCCGCUAUCAAGAGUUUCAUCUGCAACAGCUUGCGAUCCUCGUCGGCAUUCUAAAGCAACACAUACGUAACUACACUCGUGACAUGGUCAAGCUCAUCAAUGACCUGUGGGAGAAUGUUACACUUCAGCUGCCCAUUGUUUCGCUCAUCGAGGCAUUAGGAAAGGCGUUGAGCUCGGAAUUCAAGCCUUUCCUUUCCGGGGUCAUUCCAUUGGUUUUGAAGGUGUUCGAGGGUGACCUUAGUGACAAGAAGAUGACUACCCAAAUGAAAGUUCUGGAUGCUCUACAGACGUUUGGCUCCAAUAUGGAGGAAUACCUGCACCUCGUGAUCCCGGUGAUUGUGAAGUCCUAUGAGCGCAUCGAUGGGUCGACAGCUUUACGGAGAAGAGCCAUUCAGACUAUAGACGGUCUUUCCAAACGAGUGAAUUUCUCUGACCAUGCUUCGCGGAUUGUUCACCCGCUCGUGCGAGUACUGGAGAACGGAAACCAUGAUAUCCGGAUGGCGGUGAUGGAUACACUCUGCUCCCUGGCAAUCCAACUAGGAUCUGACUUUGCGAUCUUUGUCCCAACUAUCAACAAGACACUGCUUAAAUGCCGUAUCAAUCACACCAAGUACGAAAGUUUAAUAUCAAAACUUCUCAAUGGCGAGCGGCUCAUCCAGGAGACCGGUGUUUUUGAACUUCUAUACAAUGACUCUUCUAAAGCGUCGGAGUAUUCAACGCCGGCUGAGGCGGCGAAAAUGACCGUAAAUCAGCAACACUUAAAGCAAGCAUGGGACAUCUCCCAAGUCAACACCAGGGAAGAUUGGAAUUCUUGGAUGCACCGCCUUAGCGUCGAGUUCAUGAAAGAGUCUCCCUCACAUGCUCUGCGAGCGUGUAUGAGUCUUGUUGACAUCCAUCCCCCUCUUGCGAAGGAAUUAUUCAACGCGGCCUUCAUAUCCUGCUGGGUUGAGUUGUAUGACCAGUAUCAGGAAGACCUUGUGCGGUCGAUUGAAACGGCGAUCUCGUCACCGACUGCUCCGUCAGAUUUGAUCCUUCGUUGGUUGAACUUGGCUGAAUUCAUGGAGCACGAGGAAAAACCUCUUCCCAUUGAACAUCGGACGCUAGGAGAGUACUCUCUGAAGAUCCUUGCUUAUGCAAAGGCCCUACAUUACAAGGAGCUCGAAUUCUUUUCGGACGCUUCUCCUUCGACAAUUGAAGCGCUCAUCACGAUCAAUACUCGCCUACAACAACAUGAUGCUGCAUGGGGUACACUCAUAAUGGCUCGAGAGCAAUACGAUGUCACAAGACACGAAGAAUGGUACGAGAGACUCGGUCGGUGGCAAGAAGCACUGCAAGUUUACAAUAAGAAGGCAGAGUUGGAUCCUCACGCGCCAGGUGUUCAAAUUGGGCGCAUGAAGUGUCUCCACGCCUUAGGAGAAUGGGGUGAACUUGCUACCCAAGUCGACGACAUAUGGGAUCAUGCUAACCAUGAAGACCGACGAGAAAUUGGCCCAAUCGCAGCAGCUGCAGCGUGGUCGCUGAAUGAAUGGGACUCGAUGGAUGACUACAUUGCGACCAUGAGAUCUGAUUCACCCGAUCGUGCAUUCUAUCGGGCGAUUCUGUCGAUUCAUCAGAACCAAUUUUCAAAAGCUUUCGUGCAUAUUGCCAAAGCUCGCGAUCUUUUGGAACCAGAAUUGACGUCGUUUGUCGGAGAGGGAUAUGUCAGCUCUUACAACAUCAUGGUUCGGGCACAGAUGCUUUCUGAGUUGGAGGAGAUUAUUGCAUACAAGCAGAGUGCUGAUCAGCCCGAUCGUCAGGCAACUAUGCGCAAGACGUGGAUGAAGCGGCUACAAGGAUGUCAGAAGGACGUCGAAGUGUGGCAACGGAUAUUGCAAGUAAGGACUCUCGUCCUGAAACCAGAAGAAGCACCGCAAAUGUGGAUCAAAUUCGCUAACCUCUGCCGUAAAUCCGAUCGGAUGAUUCUGGCGGAGAAGACCAUUGACUCGUUGCUGUCACCUCCAUCAUUGGACAAGGGUCAUCACCCUCGCGAACAACAGGGCAUUAAAGCCCCGCCAGAUGUAGUAUAUGCUCACCUCAAAUUUUUGUGGGCGAAGGGGGCUCAGGACGAAAGUUUGAACUACCUGAGGCAAUUCUCAAAUAAAGUCACGCGAGAUUUGCAGGCUGAGCUCGAGCAUCUCCGAAACCCUUCUAAGCAGCGGAAUGAACAAUUGAUUAAACUGCUCGCUCGAUGUUAUUUCAAACUAGGCGAGUGGCAAGUCCAGCGGAUUGAUAGUUGGGGUUCGAGACUCGUUCCGGACAUAUUGGAUUGCUAUGUUCACGCAACCCGAUAUGACCCAGCAUGGUAUAAAGCCUGGCAUACGUGGGCUCUGGCAAACAUCGACGUCGUUAACUACUUGGACAAUCAAUCGGAGAAUGGAUUGGGUAAUGUUCAUCCCUCCACUCUCGCCGAACAUGCAGUACAAGCUAUAGAAGGUCUAUUUCAGUCAAUAGUGUUGCGGAACCAGGAUGCUUUGCAGGAUACCCUCCGCCUGCUUACGCUCUGGUUCAAGUUCGGUCAACAUGAUGAUGUCAGCAAUGCUAUGUCACAGGGUUUUGCAAAGGUCGGGAUCGAUACCUGGCUUCACGUUAUACCACAGAUUAUUGCACGAAUUCAAACCCCAAAUAACCUCAUUCGACGUACCAUUCACAGCGUUCUGAUUAGUAUCGGAAAAUAUCACCCUCAAGCUUUGAUAUACGCCCUAACGGUCGCCUCCAAGUCUUCAAGUGAAACCCGUGCAGCGGCUGCUAUGCAGAUAAUGGAGGAAAUGCGAGAUCAUAGUAUGGUCAUUGUCGAGCAGGCCUUGGUUGUCAGUCAUGAGAUAAUUCGGAUCGCCAUUCUAUGGCAUGAGCAAUGGCAUGAAGGGCUCGAAGAGGCUUCCAGGCUUUAUUUCACAGAGAAAAACCCAGAGGGCAUGAUUGCCGUCCUGGAGCCUCUACAUGCCAAACUCGAGGAAGGACCUCAAACUGCUCGCGAAACAUCCUUCGCUCAGGUAUUUGGUCGAGAACUAGCUGAGGCGCGGGAAGCUUGCCGUCGAUACCGUAUCCGUGGCGAUACGAGUGAGUUGGAUAAGGCUUGGGAUAUCUAUUAUUCAGUUUUCAAAAAGAUUGAGAAACAGCUUCCACAGCUCACCACUUUAGAUCUCCAAUAUGUAUCUCCAAUACUUCUAUCAACAAGAAACCUCAGCCUAGCCGUUCCCGGAACGUACCAAAGCGGACGAGAGGUCAUCACCAUACUCGGUUUUGCCCAAAAGUUGACCGUCAUUGCAUCAAAGCAACGGCCUCGUCGUUUUUCUCUCAAGGGAAAUGACGGAAGAGAGUAUCAAUACAUCUUGAAGGGUCACGAAGACCUUCGGCAAGACGAGAGGGUGAUGCAGCUUUUCAGUCUGGUCAACAACCUUCUCUCUGUCGAUACAAACAGCUACAUGCGACGUCUCCAUAUUCAGCGAUAUCCUGUCAUCCCUCUGGCCCCAAAUGCUGGUUUAAUUGGGUUGUGCCAGGGUAUCGACACCCUGCAUGUGCUGGUUCGGGACUACCGUGAAUCUCGGAAGGUGUUGUUGAAUAUUGAGUACCGCUUGAUGUUGCAGAUGGCGCCAGAUUACGAGAAUCUCACACUGCUUCAGAAGGUUGAAGUGUUUGAAUACGCCCUCGAAAACACCACAGGGCAAGAUCUCUAUAGAGUGUUGUGGCUCAAGAGUCAAAAUUCAGAACACUGGCUCGAACGGCGAGUAUGCUACACCCGUUCCUUAGCAGUCAACAGCAUGGUUGGUCACAUUCUUGGACUUGGUGAUCGGCACCCAUCGAACAUCCUCGUGGAACGAGGCACGGGCAAGGUCAUUAAUAUCGAUUUUGGCGACUGUUUUGAGAUCGCCACUCUACGUGACAAGUUCCCAGAGACUGUUCCUUUCAGGCUGACGAGAAUGCUUACGCACGCGAUGGAGGUGGGGGGCAUUGAAGGCAGUUUCCGUAACACAUGCGAGAUUACAAUGAAAGUCCUGCGUGACAACAAAGAGUCUUUACUUGCAGUUCUUGAAGCUUUUGUGUAUGACCCCCUUAUCAGCUGGCGGCUUAUGCAAACUAAUGAAGGAAAACGAAUGGAAGACGCAGAUACAGCUACAGAGCUCGCGCGAGCUGCAGCUCACCCACAGGGUCCCGUCCGCCGAAAGAUGCGAGCAGACGAAAAUGAUAUCUUCGGAGCGGGUGGUACUUCUGCUGAUGGGGAAGCACUGGGUCGCGAAGUUCGCGACCAUCGGGCGGUGUCAGUCUACGAACGCGUGCAGAAGAAACUCACCGGCCGUGACUUUGAUCCUGAUGUCUCUCUACCCGUCAAACUGCAAGUAGACAAGUUGAUUCUGCAAGCCACCUCAUUGGAAAAUCUCUGUCAACUGUUCUCAGGAUGGUGUGCGUUUUGGUAA